GGACCUCCUCCCUCACCCUUCCUCCUCCCCUCGCCGCCGCGAUCUCAUUCGGCAGCCCUGGCAAGCAGCAGGUGAUGCAGCAGCAGCAGCUUCGCCUGCCUGCCGGCGUCCGCCAGUGUUGACCGGUCGCUGGACCUACUGCUGCUGCUUCUACUGCUGCAAGGGCAAUAAUAGCCAGGGCAUCGGGCAAUCAUAGCAAAGCAUUGGUGUGGGGCUGGCCGCAGUGCAAGUAGGAAAAUGAUGAUUUGUUAUUCGACGUUAGCGUAAAUUCUUCUUUUUUGGGGAGGUUAGGAUUGAUCAGAUCUCUUAUUUUGUUAGCCAGCGUUUAUUUUGUUUAUUAUCGUCGCCGUCAAUAGUGUAGUUGUUGGAGCUAUGCCAAGUUGUUUGCGUCUUAUCUUGAGAGGCAGCCGCAGCUGAAAUCGCGAUGUAAGAUCGCAAGGACACAACACACGCGGGGCGUUUACCCACCGACAGCGUCGUCUUAAUUUAUUAUCGUCGCCGAUUAUACAUGGUGCGUUAAGUUUACCGGAUAGAAGUAAAGAAGAUGGUCUUCCUUCCUAUCAAGAAGAUACGCAAAAAGGCCAAGACGUUGGCAGCAAUCGCCGUGCUGACGCUGGGAGUGUGGGCCACUUACCUCGGCACUCGCGCGGGUUCCCGCCCGCACACAGGUCCCGACGGACGAGGCGGGCGGCCGGAGGGCGACGCGAAGAACACCGGCUCCCGGUGGGGGGGGGCCGGGGCCGGCGAUGUCGAGGACCCCCCCAUCUACGGGGAGGUGCGCGGGGAGCUGUCCAAGGGGGGCCCAGAGGAGGCUUGGAUGAGGGGGGUGGCAGCGCCCGAGGAGUGGGACUACGAGGAGGAUGCGUGGAGACAGAUACACGGCGUUCCACCGGAUGAGUCGGUCAAUGAGGACGAUGAGGGGGGCCCUGGGGAGCCUCCGGGCGUUGGUGGGGGGCCCGGUCGGGGACUGGGUGGCGCUCCGCCCCCUCAAACCUCGUGGGAGCCCCAGUUCAAAGGUCGUGCCAACCUGCACGUUUUCGAAGAUUGGUGUGGCUCGUCCGUGGGACAGCUUAGGAAGAACAUCCACUUCCCCAUUUUCCCGCACAGUCGAACGUUUGUAAGCAAGCUCGCGCUGACGCCAAAGUGGAAGAACUACGGCCUCAGAAUAUUUGGCUACCUGCACCCGUCCACCGACGGUGAGUUUCUUUUCACGAUCGCAUCCGACGACAACUCCGAGUUUUGGCUCAGCCCCGAUGAAAAGCCUGCCAACCUGGCGCUGAUGGCGUACGUGGGCAAGUCGGGCAAAGAGUGGACGGCCCCGGGAGAGUACACCAAGUUCAGGACCCAAGCAUCGAGCCCCGUCAGGCUCUCCACCUCCUCGCGCUACUACUUCGAGGUGCUGCACAAGCAGAACGACCGCGGCACCGACCACGUGGAGGUGGCGUGGCGACUCAACGUGCCCAGCUCCACGUUCGCCAUCAUCGACGCCAGACACCUCUCCCUGUACACCGACGACUCGUUGUUCAAGAUGAACGAGGUGGAGUACAUCCCGCAGUCUCCCGCCAGCCACGUGGGCGGUCUGGAGAAGGCGUCGCUGCCGAGCCACUCGGCCGAGAUGCUGCACCCCGACGCUCGCGACUCCCUCUACCUCACUCCACUGGUGGAGGCGACGGUGCUGAAGGGGAUCCUGCCGGACUGCGAGUACCGCCCCUCGUACCUCCUGCACGGCUACGACCUCGACCGCUACCAAGGCCUGCAGUUCGUGUACCUCUCCUACAUCUACCCCAACGACUACACCCGGCUGACCCACAUGGAGACGGAAAACAAGUGCUUCUACCGGGAGAACGCCUAUUACCUCGAGAGGUUUGGCUUCUACCGAUACAUGAAGAUGGACGCGCCGGAGCCGCGAGCGGGACUCGCAGCUCAGCAGCCGCAGAGACGGGACGGAGAAAACAACGGCAGCCUCUGGGAGGACCGGGGCUCGGACGCGCUGGACCCCAGGGACCAGUUCUACGAUGACGACGGUGGCGGUGGCAUUGGCGGUGGCGUUGGCAUUGGCGGUGGCAUUCACCCCGACGGUCUGCCCGACCGCGCCGCGAACGAAAACAACGAGGAGGAGGUGGACGAGGAGGAGUACGAUGACGAGGAAGAGCAGGAGGAGGAGCCGCAGCAGCCGGAGCUGGCCCCGCCGGACCGCGUGCGCCGCCAUGCGCCUCAGCACGGCGCGGUGGACAUGGAGAACGACGAGCGCGAGCCGGAUCGACGGCACCGGCGAGAACGCGGGCGAGAGAACGGGCGGGAAGGCGGGCGAGAGAACGGGAGGGAACGCGGGCGAGACAACGGGCGGGAGGGCAAGCGAGAGAACGGGAGGGAACACGAGCCCACUGCAGGGCGGCCUGCCGCGGGGGGCGAUCAACACCAGGCGGAGCAGCAGCACGCGCUCCCCCCUCACAACCGCGCCUUCCCCGUGCAGUGGUUUGUCGCCAAUCACGAUGCCGGCGCCGUGCUGGGGGAGCCGGCCGCCGGGCCCCGUGCCGGCGUCACGGGCGGCAGGCGCAGGAAGCACAAGAGGAGGAGGAGGCCCGAGCGGCCGGAAGUCCGGGAGGCGGGCGGCCGGGUGGAAGCGGCGGGGGCGGCCGCGGCGGCGGCGUGGCCGGCCGCGGACGAGGGGCGCGCCGGGCCGCGGCGCAGGGACUACGGCGACGAUUUUGACGACUACGCGUUCCAACGCCGGCGGAAGCUCUUCGGGCUGGACGGCAACCCGAGCCCCGCGGUGCUACGGGGAGCGGUGGAGGAUGGGGGGGGCGGCGAUGGGUUCGCUGCGCCCGCCGCUGCCGAGGUCGGAGAGCCGCGGCGUCGGUUCGACGACGACGACGCCGCAGCCGCCGCUCGGCCUCGCGGCAAAUCGCGAGAUUUUCGGGAAGCGGUUCGCGGUGCGGGGAAUGAAUCCGCCGAAGCCGCGGCCGCCCUUCGCGCCUACAAGGCGGCACACAACGCAAAGAGGAGGCGUAAGAACGUGAGGAACCAGAGGGACGCGAGGGAAGACUGGUCACGGUUUAGCCGCCGCAGCCCAAGGAGGGGACGGUGUGGUGGUGAAGGACGUUGCUGGGCGAACGACGUGGAUCCAAAGCAGAAGGUGGCGGUGGACCUCCCCCUCGUCAAUGCCGGGGGAGUCGGCAAGAACGCUUCCCGCGAAAUACCCACGGGGGCCUCUGUCGCCACCAGAAGCGGCGUCGUGGCGGGGCGCGACCGAGACGAAGGGGCAGCAGUGGAGAAGGUCGGCGAGGCGCCGGAGAAGAACGGCACGCGACCGCCGCAGAGCGCCAACGCCACCGACGGCGCCAUCAAACCCGCCGCCUCCCAGGCCCCCGCAUCGGCGAGAUCCACCACGCCCCCCACGCACGCUGCCGACGAGGAGCCACGCAGGAACGAGGCCAGCUCGCGGAGGAUGGCCAAACGGAAGCGGGAUCGCAACGGCGACCGCAGACAAGGCGGCAGCCGCAGCGGGAAACGACGACAACAACGACGACAACAACCGCGGCUCGCGGGUCGAGAAAAACGGGCACGAAGCCUCCCCAGGCAACCGUGGGGUCCAGCGCUGGGACGACCGAGUCGCAAAGGGGCUACCCACGCGGCGACCAGGGGCCGGGGCGGCGCCGAGCCGCUGGCGGCGGUCGGGGACGACGGAGACGCCGCCGCCGGCAGGAACGAGGGGCCGUGGAACUCGCUGUCGUCCUUUGACCCGAACGACGAUGGCGACGACGCGCGGGCCGGAGCGGUCGAGGACGACGGCGGGAGGGCCGACGACCUCGGCCGCGGGAUCAGGGACGGGCGCAGGCGGCGGGGGCGCGCAGGAGGGCGGGGGGGCCGUGGCGGGGGGCGCAGCAAGUGGAGCUGGGCCGUGGAGGAGGAAGAGGAGGCGGACUGGAAGCGCACCUUCAGCAUCGGCGAGACCGACUUCCAGUUCCUGCGCUCCGACUGGAUCGACCUGCGCUGCAACGUGUCGGGCAACCUGCGGCUGCGAGAGGAGGAGGCCCAGGCUGUGGCGAACGUCAUGAUGGAGAACCUGGGCCGGGUGCAUCCCGACCUGUACGAGCUGCGCCGCGUGGUCAACGUGGAGAAGCGCCGCGACCGCGUCAAGGGCAACCGCUACCUCCUGGAGCUGGAGCUGCUGCACCGUCCGUCGGGGCGGCUGGCACGCCUCUCCCACUACGUCUUCGCCCCGCUGCCGGCGCGCACCUCGGGCCAGGUCGCCGACGGCGGAGGCGGCGGCGUCGGUGGCGCCGCCAACGCGCCGCCGCUCUCGCUGUGCCUGCCGCGGGGCUUCGCGUGGAAGCCGGACGUGAUGGUCUACUUCGUCGUGCCCGUGAAGAACCAGGGCCGCUGGGUGCAGCAGUUCAUCUGGGACAUGGAGGCGCUGCACCGCGCCACGGGCGACCAGCGCUUCGGCGUCGUCAUCGCCGACUACUCCAGCGAGGACAUGGACGUGGAGAAAGCCCUGCAGCGCAGCUCCCUCCCCCGGUAUCACUACGUGAAGCUGCAAGGGAACUUUGAGCGAUCGGCCGGCCUGCAAGCCGGGGUCGACGUCAUCAAGGACCCGCACAGCAUCACCUUCCUGUGCGACCUCCACCUGAGCUUCCCGCACGACAUCGUGGACAACAUCCGCAAGCACUGCGUCGAGGGCCACAUGGCGUACGCGCCCAUCGUCAUGCGCCUGGCGUGCGGGAAGUCUGCGCGCGAGCCCGACGGCUACUGGGAGGUCAACGGCUUUGGGCUCUUUGGGAUCUACAAGUCGGACUUCGAUGGAAUCGGGGGGAUGAACACGCAGGAAUUCCGCGACCACUGGGGCGGCGAGGACUGGGAGCUGCUGGACAGGGUACUCCAGGCCGGUCUGGAGGUGGAGCGCCUGCACUUGAGGAACUUCUACCACUACUUCCACUCGCGGCACGGCAUGUGGAACCAGAUGAAGGGCGCGCAGGACCGGGAGUGAUGACCCGGUGUGACCCACGGUUACCCGGCAUGACCCGGCGACUCUGAACCAACCUCUUUGCUCCGUUUCCACGACUCGGCAUGCCACUUUCCUCCAUCGUUUACGAGCCUGCGGUUGGGAGUUUUAUUUUGUUACUUUUGCUUUUGGUGUUUCGUUUUUUUUAUAUCGUCCGCAGUUGGGUCGUGGGCGAGGGACCCCGGGAAGGGUGGCGUGGGGCAGAGAGGAGACGUCCUGGAAGACCUGAAAAAAAAACACGCACGCAAGGGGCAAAAGGAAAAAUGUUUUAGAUCCUACGUGUGGGCAUUUCAAGGAAUGCCAGCAAGCGGAGAGGGCUGACUUGUACGAAUUAUUUCUUGUGAACGAUUAUUGCAAAAGGUAUGAAGAUGGAUGGGGACGGCUCUUCGUCAACUGCAGAGCGACAUUCGAGCAUCGUUUGCGGUUUGUUGCCAUCGCGCGCCGUAAAAUGAUGGGUGUGCGCCGAGCGAAGGGUGAACACUCCUUACUUUUACUGCCUUCGCUGCUGAAAGCGAAAACCUGGAACGGAUUGAUGAACGACCGCACUGCGCAGCACAGCACCAAAGGCAGUGCCGAGGGAGACGUCGUCAGCCGCGGAACCUGAACGGAAUCAAAGAAAUCUCGCCCGGAUAUAUUUCUGGGCGAGCGUUUUAAGAGCGCAAGAAGCGAACUGAAACGUGGAAGGCGAGGGCUGCCGAGCUCGUGAGCGUGGCACCCUGACUCUUGGCACGUCCACUUUGUUGACAUUUAUUCAAACAAAAUUGUAACGAUAUCGCUUUGUUUUCCUUUAACCUAUUGCCGAUUGGGGUGUCGUUCGGACGUGUCCCGUUUACCCAUGUUUUCUUAUUGGCCACAUUGGCACCGUUUCAUUUUUCUGCAAGCUCUUCCCCGGUUUUACGUCACUGUGGAUUUGCAUUCACCAUUCGUUCCUUGGUUGUGCGUUUUUGUUUUCGCGUAAAGGGUUGUCGGCGGAGGUCCCGUCCUCCGCUUUGGGGCGACACGACAAGCCGUCCGUCCGACGUAGCUCUAUCAAGGCCGCCCAUCGACGACCAGCAGAGACGUGUGCCCCCGUCGUGUGCGAAUGUGACUUUUUGUGACGCUAAGGAUUCACCUCCCCCCCCCCCCCCCCCCAACAGUCUGAAGUAGAGAGAAAUUCGAAAAAUGCGAUGAAUUGCUCGCACAUUACUGAAUUGGGAAAAGUCACGUAGCAACAUCCGCCCCUACCUAGUGGCAGACCAAUGCCCCGCUUGCGACGUUCACUUUGGCCGCACGGGGACAGCAGCCACAGGGUGAGUCCCGAAAUGCACUGCAUGGGAGGCAACGGUAUGAAUAUUAAGUUGUAAUGGCCAUGAUGAAGAACCCAGAGAAACGAGAGGUCAGGGGACAUGACCAGUUCAAAAGGCACGGCUUAAUAUGGGGCCGCUUGCGGUGAUGCCAACGCUUGGCCAGCCAGCGUUUGGUGGAGUCACCGACUCGCGUUUCGCUUUGCCGUCCGUGACUAUCGCACAAUGCUCGUAAUGAUUGGCACACGGCAACUUGAACACUGAGCACACACAGGCACACGCAUGGCGAGAGCAGUCCUUCGAGCUCGUGUGUAGGGAAUGCAGGGAGCGAGAUUCGGGCGGUUGUCGGCCAAGCGGGUAGGUGACGAGCCUGGAGUGGUUAUAUGUUGAUGGUGCGCAUGCGAAGUUAACUACCUCGCCUGGUGUGUAGGAGGUCGUGGGUUCGAUCCUGACCCUGAUGCCUGUAUAUUUGGAGUUUGCGUGUCUAAUCUCCCUGUGGUCGCGUACAUUAUUCUCCCGGUUUUUCCCUCCACAUUUAAAAUCAAUGCGCAUUUGGCUCCUAUAAUUUUCCGCGUGAUAUGCCACAGUCGUUGUGCCAUCAUUUGUGAUAGCCUGGUCCCUACUGAAAAAGAGCUAUAUAGCUCUGUGGGGCUUUACCUGGUGAAAUCAAACGUAGGAUAGGUUUUCCCUAUUUUUCUGGCAACACAACAGGUGUUGAGAUGUUAAAACACCAAACUGAAACCUUUUACAAACUAAAAUGUAGUUUUUAGUUUUUGAAGUCCGUGGCCCAUAUUCCACAGGAGGAGCACUAACAACUCCAUUGCGGAAUGACCACGGACUCAUGUAUCACCGCUCAUGACUCUCUAUUAUAGAUCGAGGGCAUUGGAAAUUCAUAGCCAGGGAGCCUUGGAUUUGGCGAAGGCUCCGCAGUCCGUUGUGUGAAUGUCAUCGCUCGUUCCCUAAGGUGGUGCAGGAGCUGCUUUGCCUCUUCAUUUGCGUAAUAGGCGACGGUUAAAAAUAUACUCUUUUUGGACGGGGGCUGAAAUUAUCUUUGAAAGGAGUCAAUCAUUUCAGAUUUUUUUGGGUAAAAAAAAACGAACGUCCAAAAAUUAGAGGGCACAAAGAACGUAGUCACGGGGUCACCGCGAGCCUCGGCCUACCACGCGCUCGCCUCGUAGAGAUCCCGCGAACCUCGUUGUUGGACAAUAAUCGUCCAAACAAAUUAAAGUAUAUUUCCUUAGUGAUAAAAAAUAUAUUAAAAUAUAUAUAUAAAUAAUUUACGAAAAUUUACGUCCAAAAAAACAGAAAGAGCCCCACGUUUGCCACUCGCAGGGCCACGUGGUACAGACUGAAGCGUCCAAGGGCGCACGUGUUGACGAGCCGAGUCCGUGUGCGGUGUGGCUCUUCAAGUGCCGCGCGCUCCGAGACUCCACGAGUCCGGCUUGAAGAGCUUUCGGCCGUGUAGGCUGUAGGCUGUGGGCAGCGAGCGAACGCGAGAGCCGGGUAACUCUUCUGAGGUGGCGAAUGAGAGUGGGUGGGGUGGGGGCGCUGAGCCCCCUUGAGCCCCGUGAGUCCCGCUACACGUGUUCACGGUGUUCGCUUGGACCAACGUCUCGCUGGAGAGCCCCCAACGCUGGCGCCGCCCGGGUUCACAGCCGUCGAUGCCAUUUCGCUUUCGUUAAACGGAGAGGAUUUUUUUUUAUAUAUAUACGUAUACUGUACAGACGUUUCUACGCGUUAUAUAACGAUGCAUCAAUGCCAGGGCGUCAUCUCUUACAGGUCACCGAGGGUUUUUGUAAAAUGUGGUCGCGCUGCGUUUUUACCUGUUGGGUUCUGGUUUUUUCUUGGCACACUUGACGGCAUUUUAUUUAAAAGUUAUUUAACGUGCUUUUGUGCCCGUUUAAAAAUUAACUACUGAACUCGCUGGAUUUCUAUCGAGGAAAUCCUUUACAUUUUUAACUUAUAUCUUGAGUCGUUAUCAUUGCAAACACUGGAUCUUUUAGGUAUAUUUUAUCGAUAUUUUAGUUUUGCUAUUACGUAAUCACGUCUUGUUCCCCCCCAUUCCGAUUCCCGCCCGCUUUGGUCCUACUGCGCUCCGUGUCAGUCGCCACAAUCGUCCCGAUGUUUGUUUGCCCCCCCCCCCACGGCCCGCUGCUCGAAGACGUCCACACGGCCCGGGUUUGGCAUUCGGAUCGCGUAACGAGAAGCGGCUCAUCGGCCAAAGCAGUGCGAUGGGAAAUCUCCAUUCCGCUGAUUGACAUCGCCACCACUGCUGCACCAGGCAAGGCUCUUUGAGCCGUGACCCUGUGUGCAUGUUGACCUUCUACCCCCUGUGUGCCUGUUGACCUUCUACCGCACACCGUGCUUAGCCGACAGUGUGGGAGGAAGGUAACGGCGGCAUCGCACCCUCCGUCUCGUUUGGGGGAGUUGGCACCUCGGCCAUCGGCGGACAACGGCGAUCUGUGUUUUUUCGCGCGACCUGGUUGCACGCAAUUGAAUCGCUCAUUUGCGGGACGCGUCUCCGUUGCCGGUUGCGAGCGGUUGGUGCAACCCGAGUUGCUCAGAGGAGAGGCAAGACUCUCGAGCAACGGUGUCGGUCUGCUCGGCGAUUGGUGGCGACGCGGCUUCGCCACGUGCACAACACGAUCGUCACGGUCUAACGCUUGGGAGGAGGCUUUCGCAACCAAUAUUAGCCAUGGUGGAGUCUUUUUUAGGGCAGAGCGCGUAAAUAUAAAUGUGUCGUUAAACCCGUAACCACCCGACACAGCCAAUUAGUAAGGUUUGUCACGUGAACAGAACACCUACAGCAUUUACUAUUCGAGUGGGCUUAUUCUCCAACGCACCGGUGUGCUGGACUAGUAACGAAUUGGCAUGUUUUCUUUACGUGACGGGUUUAACAACAUUUAUAUUUACGCGAUCCAACCCUAAAAACCUCUUAUGGACGAUCGUUUGCAAUGACAACUUGGGGGGGAGGGGCUUACCAGAAAAGGGGCGUGGCCUGUGCUGUAGAGGGCUUGGCCAGACACGCCCCUCGUGCGCAACGAAUCGCUGGGACGUGCAACGAAGCCACUUUUAAAACGUGGGGGCUUUCGCCAACAAAUAUAAUUUAUCCGUGGGUUUGGAACAUAGUCGUUUGCAAGGGCAAGGCGAUCGGGUUUCGGCGAUUCGGAAGAGCGAUUGUGGACCGCGUGGCCGAUGGCUCGGGCCGUUGAGACGCUGUUUUUCUAAGCGGCCGGAAAACUGAAAGUGGAAAACAUUGCUACUGAAAUGUCAACGUACUGUCACGCUCUAGGAAGAUGAUUACAGCAAUAGGUUAAUUUUAACUUAUUAAAAAAAGAGAGUUUUAUUUAUAUGUAUCGUAAUGCUGUCAACUGCUGGGUUAUUUAGCCAUGUGUCCACUCGUGGCCCCACGUUACAUGGUCAGCUGGUGAAAUAUUUUUCGCGAUCCCGAGAUAUUGUCACGAGCAUUUAUGUCGCGAGUGCUGCCUCUGUAAAAAUGUUGAAAGUAAUGGUUCAGGUUUUAUUUGUUUUUUUUUUUAUAUCUCUAAACAACCCGGCAAAGUGAAGCAAAAACCUCCUCUUGAAAACAAGUGACCGCACUGCGUGUGGAGCGCCACGAGAGCGCUUUGGCGACGCAAUGUCGGCGUCUUCACUCUUGCUUCGCUCUGCACCUAACCCGUUACACUCGUCUAUGUUGUGUUCAUAAUGGAGGUUUUUUUUGGGUUGGAUGGUGUGAAUAUCAAUGUAUCGUUGACCGUAUUUUAUGUUUUUCAUAUUCAACUCGGGUGUCAUGUGUAUAUUUUUGACCGUUUUCUCUCCCGAAUUUACUUGAACAUUUUUUUUUAUUUCCCCCCUCGUGGUUCCCAAUAACCGGUGCGCGCGCGCACGUGAUUUCAUUCGCCGCAGCUUAGCCGCCAAUGUCUUGGGGACUCUUUUAUUUUGCACGUCCCGUAAUCACGGCGGCUUUUGAGGAGGGGUCGACGGAACGCCCGGGGUUUGCGUCGUUCAACGAGCGCCACUCCCCACCUCCAGCGGAACGAGCUGGUGCCCGUAGGAAGGCAGGACAGCAAGUCGGUUUGAUAGGCCGUCUGCUUAGUGGAGAUUCGAGCAUCCUCCCCUCCUCAUCUCUUAAGCUUUCUCCGGUUUAUCCCGGUUGCCUCUACGUGAAAAGAUGUACCCGAUUAGCAAUUUGACAUUCAACUGAAGCAAAUUAGUUGGUGAUGCGGCAUUGGUAGGAGCGCACGAACGGCAAAAGGAAACUCAACACAUUUGUCAACAGCAAUAACAUUGCCUUUCAGAGGAAAAAAAGUAUGUUAUAAUACACGACGUUUCUGUGCAACGGCCCUUCACAGCACCUGGAAGAGGCCAGAGAGGCAGAGGUCAAACUUUUCAGAAGUUUAUUUCCCAAGUAAAGCCUAUUGAGCUAUGAAAGCUCCGUUUAAAGGACCACACGGCUGGCAGUUGAUGACAGCAGUAGCAGCAAAGCGUUAAAGUGCCUCCAUGUGCUGUGAAGGAGGACCAUUGCCCGAAACGUCAUCUAUUUAUUUUCAUUUUUUAAUUGCAAGGCGACAGUGUUAUUUACGAAUGUGUUGAGUUUAAAUAUGUUUAAAUAUAAAGCAGGACCUUGCUGAUAACAAGCCUCGAAGACUUGACGGGAGCACUGCUGCGCCAAGGAAAUAAUAAUAAAUAUAAUCACGAUAACAAUAAUGGGUGAAACACUUGUGGGGUGCAAUGUAGGAAACCUAACAGGUUGCCAUAGAGCUUCAGGGGCUGUGGUGGGUAGCUGAAGGCAGUGCUGCAGUGGAAUCCACUGUUGUGCUGUACUUUGAGCGCUUCACGUCUAUGCUCCCCACCUUCACGUGGUGCGGUUUGGUAAAAAAAAAAAAAUCCCUCCCCCCACGAGGACGGGGUUCUAUAUAUAUGCAUGUUGAACUUAUUUCGCACCCUAUGUAGCCAGCCGUGCUAAUUGGAGGUGCGGGGGAAGGACAACAAACUAAACACAAAAAGCAGUUCUAAAGAAAUGCAUUUUCAAUCUAGAUGACGAUUUAAAAGUGCAUAGCUCCAGUGGCUUCCUGAUAUCGGAAAGGAAGAGCGUUCCAGACGGCCGCAGAAGCGCGUCUGAAAGCGUCAUGCGAUGCGGCAGUUGCCGUCUUUAUUCGAUGGCACAAGAAGGCCCUCGUUGUGGCCGUGAGUUGACAACAAAUGGCCGUACAAGCGUCGGCUCUGGUCAUGAUGACGGGGUUCCACGCCCCACGUGGAACCCAAAACGGACGCGAAGGCGAACGAACGCCACGCGUCGUGAUCCGUCCAGGCGGUGGGGUGACCUUUCCCCUCUAGCCAGACCCCCGGGACGCAAUUACAAAUUCAUCUUGCAAGCGGCGUUGUCAGGUGUAAAUUCCAAAUCAUUGAAAUGGCAAGGAUUGCGGUUAAUUUGCCAGUUACGCAGUCACAGUUGUAAGUGAUCUCUGGUGUAUCCGUGGCUUUCUUUUUUCUGGCCCCGAACUCCUGCACUUUCCCUGGGGUCGUCCUCAUGAUAGUUCACACUGGGAGGGGGGAAACAUUGUGUGUACACUCCUAAUCGGUGGCGGUCAUUACAUAACGCUCGGAUGCUUGUGUGCGUAAUAUAUUUUACAGUUUAUAUUUUUAUUUUGUCCUCGGAUGUGAACGGGCUGUUUUAGGUGAUCGCACUCCUAAAAUUGGAGUUCCUCUUGCCCUCGGUGUGUCUGUGAUGCCCUGCGGUGGGUGGGUGUCCGUGAUAUUCUGGUCGUGUUGGGAGGUCUCAGAUAGGACGGUUCCAUGGUGUCCUGGAUAUCAUCGUCGCGUCUCAGAUAUUUUUGGUGUGUAGGAUGUUCUUGAUGUAUGGGGAUAUCUUCGUGAGCGUUCGAGUGUUUGAAUGUUAUAGGUCAAUCGUCACGGGUGUCUUUAAUGUUCUGGUUGAUGGGCACUCUGGUUGUCGAUGAUGUUAUGGGUGACCUGGCUUUGUCUGGCCCUGGGUUUCUUGGAUGUUCAGCACAUCCCCUGGAUGGUUACGCGUGAGAUGGCUCUGGCCUGUGGUGAAUAUUGACACCGGUGAACCCCCUGUGCAGCCUUCUUGUGCUGCUACUAAGAACAUCUGCUGCAAUGAUGAAGGAUUAUUUUUAAAAAAAAAUAUCCCGGUAAACGUCACUUAGCAGAAUUUGCCUUCACGUUUUUAUGGACUUAUCUUAAAUAUGGAUAUUAAUAAUUAUAUAAAAACCUAUUCAUGAUGUUACAAUUGGAGUAACAAAAAAAUAUUAAAGUGUCCAUUGAGGCAAGGUUUCUUAACAUCGCUCGUGUCACCUUCUUUCAUGUGCCACCCUUCCAGGCCUGCCAAUCUCCCGUGAACAAAUAAUUGGGUGCACGUGAGAACGCGGCGUUUGAGAUGCCCCCUUUUUUGAAAAGAACGUUAUCACCGUCCUCAAAAAAACGUCGGCUCGUUUCCUCCUCGCCGUUUCUUUUUUUGUGACCACGGCGGUAGAUGCCGGUGAUCCAGCGCUUGCAAAGGCAAGUGUUGGCGGAUCACGUCGGUCUGGUGACACUGCCAGACCGUUUCUUGGGAUGCGACGUGGCGGUACGGCAAAGUGGGUUCACCCGUCCCCUUGUGUGCGGACUUGUUGAGCGUUACCGCCACCCCGCUUGCGUGGCAAGAAGCCACCUCCGGCUACUCCGGAGACAGCCUCUAGCACGCAACGCACUCAAUAAAGCAAAUGGAAACCAGUCCUGAUGUAGCAGGACUCCCCCCCCCCCCCCCCCCCCCCCGGGAGACACGGUUAGGCUUUCCUAGAUAAAUAAAUGGCAUUAUAAUUACCAUUACAUAUUUUAUGGGUUUGUUGCAGUUGAGUGGACAUGGGGAUCUCGGUGCAGUUGAGUUCUGGGUAUCCUCGAUGUUGCAGGUGUCUGGUUCUGGGUAUCCAUAGUUCUGUGUGUGUGGUUCUGGGUGUCCUGUUCUGUGUGUGUGGAUGUUGCAGGUGUCUGGUUCUGGGUAUCCAUAGUUCUGUGUGUGUGGUUCUGGGUGUCAUCUGUUCUGUGUGUGUGGUUCUGGGUAUCGACUGUUCUGUGUGUGUGGUUCUGGGUGUCAUCUGUUCUGUGUGUGUGGUUCUGGGUGUCAUCUGUUCUGUGUGUGUGGUUCUGUGUGUCAUCUGUUCUGUGUGUGUGGUUCUGGGUGUCAUCUGUUCUGAGUGUGUAGUUCUGGGUAUCAUGUUCUGUGUGUGUGGUUCUGGGUGUCAUCUGUUCUGUGUGUGUGGUUCUGGGUGUCAUCUGUUCUGUGUGUGUGGUUCUGGGUGUCAUCUGUUCUGUGUGUGUGGUUCUGGGUGUCAUCUGUUCUGAGUGUGUGGUUCUGGGUGUCAUCUGUUCUGUGUGUGUGGUUCUGGGUGUCAUCUGUUCUGUGUGUGUGGUUCUGGGUGUCAUCUGUUCUGUGUGUGUGGUUCUGGGUGUCAUCUGUUCUGUGUGUCUGGUUCUGGGUGUCAUCUGUUCUGUGUGUCUGGUUCUGGGUGUCCUCUGUUCUGUGUGUGUGGUUCUGGGUGUCAUCUGUUCUGUGUGUGUGGUUCUGGGUGUCCUCUGUUCUGUGUGUGUGGUUCUGGGUGUCCUCUGUUCUGUGUGUGUGGUUCUGGGUGUCCUGUUCUGUGUGUGUGGUUCUGGGUGUCAUCUGUUCUGUGAGUGUGGCUCUGGGUGUCAUGUUCUGUGUGUGUGGUUCUGGGUAUCAUCUGUUCUGAGUGUGUGGUUCUGGGUGUCCUCUGUUCUGUGUGUGUGGUUCUGGGUGUCAUCUGUUCUGUGUGUGUGGUUCUGGGUGUCCUCUGUUCUGUGUGUGUGGUUCUGGGUGUCUUCUGUUCUGUGUGUGUGGUUCUGGGUGUCCUCUGUUCUGUGUGUGUGGUUCUGGGUAUCCUCUGUUCUGUGUGUGUGGUUCUGGGUGUCCUCUGUUCUGUGUGUGUGGUUCUGGGUAUCCUCUGUUCUGUGUGUGUGGUUCUGGGUGUCUUCUGUUCUGUGUGUGUGGUUCUGGGUGUCAUCUGUUCUGUGUGUGUGGUUCUGGGUGUCAUCUGUUCUGUGUAUGUGGUUCUGGGUGUCAUCUGUUCUGUGUGUGUGGUUCUGGGUGUCAUCUGUUCUGUGUGUGUGGUUCUGGGUGUCAUCUGUUCUGUGUGUGUGGUUCUGGGUGUCAUCUGUUCUGUGUGUGUGGUUCUGGGUGUCAUCUGUUCUGUGUGUGUGGUUCUGGGUAUCGACUGUUCUGUGUGUGUGGUUCUGGGUGUCAUCUGUUCUGUGUGUGUGGUUCUGGGUGUCCUCUGUUCUGUGUGUGUGGUUCUGGGUGUCAUCUGUUCUGAGUGUGUGGUUCUGGGUGUCAUCUGUUCUGUGUGUGUGGUUCUGGGUGUCAUCUGUUCUGUGUGUGUGGUUCUGGGUGUCAUCUGUUCUGUGUGUCUGGUUCUGGGUAUUCUCUGUUCUGUGUGUGUAGUUCUGGGUAUCCUCUGUUCUGUGUGUGUGGUUCUGGGUAUCCUCUGUUUUGUGUGUCUGGUUCUGGGUGUCCUCUGUUCUGUGUGUGUGGUUCUGGGUGUCAUCUGUUCUGUGUGUGUGGUUCUGCAUAUCCUGGAUGUUCUGGGUGGUCUGGUUGAGUGCCUUUCAGGGUGGGAUCGCUGCUUUGUUGGAAGUUUGUAGACAAGGGCCCGGGCUGUCCGUUUUUCCUGAUUUCUGUGAAAUUACAUAUUUACUGUAUUAUGAUGGUUAUUAAUACUACUUUGGGAGUUUUGUUUCUUCUGGGGUUUUUUUGUUAAAUAAAGUUAGUUAAGCAUAA